UAUGCUUUUACUGCAAUGUAAAAUUGGUUAUUGUGUUACGCCAAGUGUUUCAAAAUGGAUUGCUCAAUAAUUGGGCCCUAAACCGUUUGUGCAAUUUAUCGAGAGCUAGUUUGCGAUAGCAGGGUAACGUUAACGUUAGCUUUCUGGCAACGUGAACUACCAUUAACACAAACUAGCAGUGUGCCAUUCUUGCCGAUUUGUAAAUUAUAGUUUGAAUGUAAAACAGACAGCAAAGACAUCAAACAUGAUUGUUGUACCAUAGAAUGUCAUCGUUUUGCAAGCUUAGAAACGCAUAGUGUAGUAUUGUGUGAUUCAGGAAGGAUUCCUGUCACGCCAUAGUGACUUUUCAUCAUGUUCGUUGCGCCAUCCCUUUUAUAUCAACCAAGAGCCGUGCGGAGAUAAAGGCUCCCAAAGCUCAGUUUCCCGAGGCCGCUCUGGAUUAUGAGCUUGAGUAAGUCGACGCGCUACAAUCGAUUGUCUGGAGGCGCUGCAGUAGCAGCAACAGCAGCUGCCACCAUAGCCAACGCCAACGCCAACAUUUCCUCCGCCGACAACAUCAACGGGAACAGAAUGGAGGCUACUUUUGGACCUACGUUUUCACCCGUUGCUCCUGUUGCGAAGCCGGAGACGUCCAACAAUUACAAACAGCACCGCAGGACCCCCUCAUCCUCCAGCACUUUGACGUACUCUCCCCGUGAUGACGAUGACAUGGUAACCACCCCCCCGAUCAGCACGCCGCGGCGCUCCGACUCGGCCAUCUCUGUCCGCUCCCUGCACUCCGAGUCCAACAUGUCCCUCCGCUCCACCUUCUCGCUCCACGAGGAAGAGGAGGACACGGAGCCUCAGGUGUUUGCGGAGCAGCCUUCAGUGAAGCUGUGCUGCCAGCUGUGUUGUAGCGUUUUCAAGGACCCCGUCAUCACCACCUGUGGGCACACCUUUUGCAGGCGAUGUGCCUUGACUUCAGAGAAGUGUCCUGUGGACAACUCCAAGCUGACGGUGGUGGUGAACAACAUUGCCGUGGCGGAGCAGAUCGGCGAGCUCUUCAUCCACUGCAAGUAUGGAUGUCGCCCGGCGGCGUCUGGCAAGCCCGGUGCCUUUGAAGUGGACCCUCUAGGCUGUCCCUUCACCAUCAAGCUCAGCACCAGGAAAGAGCAUGAGGUCAGCUGCGACUAUCGGCCGGUGCGUUGCCCUAACAACCCCAGCUGCCCGCCGCUGCUCACCAUGAACCUGGAGGCUCACCUGAAGGAAUGUGAGCACAUCAAGUGCCCCCACUCCAAAUAUGGGUGCACCUUCAUUGGGAACCAGGACACGUACGAGACCCACCUGGAGGUGUGCAAGUUCGAGGGCCUGAAGGAGUUCCUGCAGCAGACGGACGACCGCUUCCACGAGAUGCAGGUGACGCUGGCCCAGAAGGACCAGGACAUCUCCUUCCUGCGCUCCAUGCUGGGCAAGCUGUCUGAGAAGCUGGACCAGCUGGAGAAGAACCUGGAGCUCAAGUUUGAUGUUCUGGACGAGAAUCAGAGCAAGCUGAGCGAGGACCUGAUGGAGUUCCGCAGAGAUGCCUCCAUGCUCAACGACGAACUGUCACACAUAAAUGCCAGGCUGAACAUGGGCAUCCUAGGAUCCUAUGACCCUCAGCAGAUCUUCAAGUGUAAGGGAACGUUCGUGGGCCACCAGGGCCCCGUCUGGUGCCUGUGUGUCUACUCCACGGGAGACCUGCUCUUCAGCGGCUCCUCUGACAAAACCAUCAAGGUUUGGGACACCUGCACCACAUACAAGUGCCAGAAGACUCUUGAAGGCCACGAUGGCAUUGUACUGGCGUUGUGCAUUCAGGGGAACCGUCUCUACAGCGGCUCGGCAGACUGCACCAUCAUUGUUUGGGACAUUCAGACGCUACAGAAAGUAAACACCAUUCGGGCUCAUGACAACCCUGUCUGCACGCUGGUUUCCUCACACAACAUGCUCUUCAGUGGCUCCCUCAAGGCCAUUAAGGUGUGGGAUAUAGUGGGGACGGAGCUGAAGCUGAAGAAGGAGCUGACAGGCUUGAAUCACUGGGUGAGGGCUCUGGUGGCCUCCCAGAACCACCUCUACAGCGGAUCCUACCAGACCAUCAAGAUCUGGGACAUUCGCUCCCUGGAGUGUGUCCACGUCCUGCAGACGUCAGGAGGCAGUGUCUACUCCAUCGCCGUUACCAACCACCACAUUGUGUGUGGCACCUACGAGAACCUCAUCCACGUGUGGGACAUCGAGUCCAAGGAGCAGGUGCGGACGCUGACAGGCCACGUGGGCACGGUGUACGCCCUGGCCGUCAUCUCCACGCCAGACCAGACCAAAGUGUUCAGUGCCUCUUACGACCGCUCCCUCAGGGUGUGGAGCAUGGACAACAUGAUCUGCACUCAGACGCUGCUGAGGCACCAGGGCAGCGUGACUGCGUUGGCUGUGUCCAGAGGGCGCCUCUUCUCAGGCGCUGUGGACAGCACGGUUAAGGUGUGGACUUGCUAAAGGAAGCCCAGAUAUUGCUGUAUCAUAAGACGACGAAUGGUUACCAGCAGACAACGGUUCAUGUAUCUUCAGUCCUAAGCCGAAGUUCAAAGUAAACUCCAAAACACACUUUCGAUGUACUCUGUUGACGUACAGUGUGAUUUUACAGUGACAUUUCAGAGAAGACGUUUUUUUCUGAGCAAGUUUUUAAAAAAAAAAACACACACACAAAAAAACACACCUCCGGGAUUCUUCUGAUCCCGAGAUGAACUCGAACCUGUGGUCCUUUUUGAAUGCCAAAAGGAAUUCCGUCGGCCGCAGAGAAUCACGGGAAGUCUGAUCUGUGUUUGUAUUGUGGGUACAGCUGAGAUGAAGCUGGACUGUUUGCCUUAAUCGCAUGUUCUGUCAGUGGGCCCCGGGAAUCCGUCUCCACUUCGUCACCAAAACGUCUUUUUCAUUAAGGAUCGACGCCACUCCGGAAUCAUGUCAUGUCAUAACAAUCGUGUUUUAAUGCUUGUAAAUAAGUCCUUUACUUUUUUUUUCGUUUUUGCUCAUGGAAAGAGACAUGAAUUUUAACCUGGACCUUAAGGAAGAGAGACAGAAAGGGUCAAUGACCCUGAGAGACCAAGAAAGCAUGGCUUUCGGAUGAGUGCUGAUCUUUGCAGUGUUCUGCACCUAUGGCUGUACUUCUGUAGGUG